AGCAACAAGCUGUACCCUGUGCUUUUCGUUUUCUUGCUCUUGGCGAUGGCCUUUCCGUGCUUGGUCGGUUUUCCGACACUCGAGUUUCAACAGUUCACGCCAACGCACUACGAUUUCGGGUCAGGUCCACAACAUGUAGGAGCGUGCUACUACAUCAACGACAAUGACAACAUUUCGCGAGAAAUUUACACUCCUCGCGACUACUU